GAGUUACAAAAUUGGGCGAUGUCUCACACCAUCUAGCGCUGUGAAGUGACCAGAUGUUUCAUGCUGGUAUUUUAACGUGCCGCCAUAUUUCUGUAGUGCGGCGAUAACAAGAUAACAAGGUGUGUUCCGGAUAUCUUAUCCGUGGCGGCUUCGCUUAUGUCACGGCUGCGUGGUCGAUGCAAUCAGCGGGCCGCGAGGGAAACCGUUUGCAGAAAGAGCGCCGCCGUCGAACAAUGGCGAGGGAACCUUGCGAAAUCGUUCGCCGUGGUGAGGGCAAUGUAUGAAGUCACGAGCUUGGCCGAUCCUGAACACAGCCCCUAGUCACACCGGCGGUGCUCGUUGGUGAGUUGGUGCAUAGGGGGUAGAUGACUAACCUUUGGACUGACUGGUAACUACCCCGACACGCGAGUGUGCUCGUUGUGCUUCUGUGAGGCUACAGUGCGCGCCUUAUCACCACAGACAAUCAAAACAUGACCCAGUGUUUUGGGAGCGUGCUCGCUUGCUUCCUGCUGGCGAUCAGCUGGGACGCUCGGGCGACGGCCUCGUCUAUGCCAGAAUACAUCUUCCAAGAUUUUUGUGACAACGAUGGUGACCUCAGUACCAACGGUACUUUCAUCACCAUGACAGAAGAUUCUUCCGCUCUGAUACAACUCAACGACUCUCAGAUCAUCAACUGCACGGUCAGAGUUCGGUUUCCCAAAAACUACGGAGUUUUGGUGACAGUGGUGGAGCUCUCUACAAGAAGCUCACCUAACUGUUCCGAAGACUUCUUCAGGGUGAGGUCAUUGAACACAAACCAAGAAGCGCUGAGUCGGCGGUUCUGCGGGAACCAUUCGGAUUUGCGGGAAACGAACCUCAACCUCCAAGUGGUGGUCCCGACGGCUUCCUCACCGGGAUCACUCCUGCUUGAGGUGUUUGCGUUCAAUGUCACUAGUGACGCACUGGUGCCUCGUCUGACGAUCGUGCUCACCACCUACAUUAACGGAGACGCCCAUGCAAAGUCAUGUCCCAACCUGCACCAGCACCUCUGCUACAACUGGCGAUGUGUUUCGAGGGACCUCUUCUGUGACGGCCACAACCACUGUGGGGGAGACCGCAGGCCCUCGGACCUUGAGUGCCCAGGACCGGUGUCGAAGCGUGCAACCCUGUGGGGCCUGGCGACCAUCGCCUUUGGCGUCGUCGCAACGAUACUGCUGCUCCCGUUCUUCGUCUGGACGGCCGUGCGGGGUGGUCAGUUGCAGGUGACCUCGAUCAUUCAGCCGGGCGCCGCCAAGGACCCGCGCCUGGCGCCGACGCCUGCCGUGCCCUCCAUCAACCAAAGCACAGGGCUGACAGACGACUCCGUCGUCUGCGAGAUACCGCAACAGACGACGAGUGACACUGCGCGACUUGUGACCUCCUGAGGCCGUGCCGAACUUCCGUCCUGAGCGCCCGUCACGCCCGGGCUCUCACAUCGCGCUUUUCCCGACUCGUUUUCGUGUGCCCAAAUGUCUCUGGCCCCUGAACGUGUGUCGGCGCGGCUAUGGUGCCUGGAACGCGUCUUGGACUGGUGCAUUUUAUCGCAUCCCAAAAAGUGGCCCCUCGAUUUCUUUUCGACGACGUCACACAAGUGUCACGUUGUCGCUGGCCGCGAUCCUGGCAGUGUUGCAGCAGAGGCAGUGGAUGUUGCAGAUGCCUCUUUUGCUGCAGGUCUUUCUGCAGCUUGACAGUCCACGGAAGCUUCCGCAGCCAGGAAUCGGAGCUCCGCGACAACAGCAAUACUUGCAUUUGCUCGUGCUUUCCGCCAGCCUUUGUGCGACCAACCUCCAGGAUUGCGGCAUCCGGCGGCACGGUGCUCCAGCUUUUGUCACAUUGUUUUUUGCCACUUUGGGCCCGCGUUCAACAAAUUGCCAAGAUAGGGUGCUUAGCAAACCAGACGGAGGCACGUUGUAGGCACCAUCGCGCGACCAAGGUCAUGCCGAGGGGUGUCGAACCAUCCGCGUACUACGUGGCCGGACGUGUUGCGGGUGGAGCAGACGGAAUACACACGUCCUGUAUUGGGGUCGAUACAUUCAGACUUGCCCGGUUGCUCAACUACGAACGUGCGUCGCUUAUUCGGCCGUUCAGAGUUCUCCAAGUUGGGACCCGUGUGGCUGCCUGAUCCGUUGUCCAAAUGAUUUAUAUUUGGAUUGGAGAUAGAAGUGUGUAUACGUUAUCUGCUCGUGGCAGAAGGUGUUCCUUCUGGGCAGCGACCAAGUAGCCACAUCCUCCACUACCAUAGACGAGCACAACACGAGCACGCUGGAAGAAGUUUGUUCGCGUUUGGUGUGUGGCGGCAACCAAAUACUUCCUCGUGGCAUCAUUUGCUCGAGUUUCGUUAUGCAUUUUGACUUGCCACGGAACGCGUUUGUAAAUGCUAGAGCGUACAUCUUGCCUCGCGAAUACCACGCUAAAGUGUGCCUUGUAGAGCUGUGCAACAUUUUCGACACCAAUGCUUAGUUGACUUUGUGCCGAGAGGAAGGUUGAGAUUGACAAAGGGCAAACUGUUUGCCUGUUUCGGCAGCAGUUGUUUUGCUGAAUGAAGUUUUGGGGGCUAAAUGCUUCAUUGCCAGAAUGGGGUUAAUUUAAUUUUAAUUUGUCAAAGCUGGCUUGUAAUGUUCAUGGUGCAUGUUUGACAUAGGGACAUGAAGUAUUCUUGGUGGCCCGAUGGAAUCUGAGAAAUGAAGGGAUAUGAGUGCAGUAACACAGUUUUCCACAUGCAAAGGGAACGUUUCACAAAUCAUUUGCUGAUAUUGGUAAUGGUUUUGCACCCAAACUUGUAAACAAAAGGUUGCAUGAGCAACUUCUUUUUUUUACUGUUUUAUGUGGGUCGUUUAUUGAUAGAAUGUUGUGCAACAAUUUUAUGUCCAUCUAAAUAGAUAAUGCGUACCGAGGUAGUUCGAGCUUCUGCCUUGCAAACCUUUUUACCAAUGGACAACAUAGGAAUGCAAAGGCAUUUGUGAGGGGCCUGCUUCAAUUUUUCUUUACAACGAAUUACCGUUUCAAAGAUGCUGGAGAUACGGUAUAUCUAAUUGACAUCGACCCUAUUGCUCUUUUACUGUGUACCUCGGUCUCUUAACAGCGUGUCAUACAGUAACAAUCUGCAGUAUAUCUACUGUCAGUAGAACUUCUGUGGACAAUGUUACGAUAAACCAAAUGGCAUAAACACUGUUUUCAGGCCUGCAUACUUUGGUCCAUGGUGAUCUGUCGUUACUAUGCAGUCUUGCUUGCAACGACAUGUGCGGUUUUGUUUCUGCCUAUUACUGUCUGCUCACACCAACGUCGACCACAAGUUUGUCUGCUUCUUGCGCUGGGGUACCGGUGACAAAAAAAUCGCCAAGCUCUGAUUGGCUCUGAUUGGGAGGAUGGUGGGUAGACCUCAGACCUUGCUACAUGGCUAGCUGCCUUGAGGUCUACCCGCUAUUCUUCCAAUUGGAGUACGGCAUUCUGACAUCACCACAACCCCUGCACAAAAAGCAGACAAACUUGCACUUUUCAUAGGUUUUAGGCCAAUGUGACAAUAUUGUUCAAUUGUUGGUUUGCUUAUACAAUAUUAUUAAGUGAAAUUUUAUAACACCAUUUGAGAGUAUUUGCAAAGAAAGAGCCUAAAUGGAGCUUGGAAUGCUUCCUACGGACCUCAAUAAUUUUUAAACUGAAUUGCUCGACGUUUUUAUCCUGAUAUUCUCCAUCUGGGGAAUGAGUUUGUGCCUUGUGAAAAUUUCCAUGGACAGUGCCUUUAAACCAGCAAUCGAGGAGUUCCUCAGUCCAUCCAUUUAUCUUUGCAUAUUCUGUGGAGAUCUUUUUUCUGUUCUUUAUAUCUUUUUAUGGGUAUUCAUUCUCUCGAGUCAAUUCUAAUUCAGUAAUGUUCACCGAUGACCUCCACAACUCCAGAUAAUGUGGCUCCACCUAUUGGGAAGUGCACAAAGUUGGGACCAGACGACCCGCUAUUUGACGAAAUGUGCGGCACAAUCUAGCGGCUAAAGCACAAGUUGGGCAAAGGGGAUUAAAAAAAUGUGGGGUUGGAGCUGCAGAUUGCGUCUUCACGUUGUGGGGCCUCAUAAUAAUGUAUGCAUUGAACAGUUUUGUGAAUCUAGAUAGCAGAGUUCAGAAGAGAAACAGAUAUUUUGUUAUGUAUAUAUUUUUGUUGAUUUUAUUUCCGUUAAUCGACGUGUCGAGUAUUGCUCUUUAGCUGGCAGUUCCCAUUGAACAAAUGGGACGAUCCUUACUUCUUUGUUAGAGUAAUUGCUUUGUCAUGUGCCCAUGACCCUGUGAGACUUACCGACGUGAGAUUACGUCACUCACAUGCUCGGUUGCUCUGCGACGUACAGCCCUUUCGAUUUGAAUAGAGCUCUAAUACUGCUCUACUGCUCACUAACACAACUUUGGGGGAAGUCCCAGCUUGCUUGGUAAUGGUCCUGAUCUUAGUUAUUUCUUUGAGACACGAGCAUUCUUUUCGACACAAGCAGUACACUCUAAAAAGUCCGGCGCGUCUAGCAUCCCACAAAGCACACGGGAGAACCGACCGCUGCAAUCUGCUCGAGGGUGUUUGGCAAAUGGCGUGGCUGAAUGUUGAGACCUAACAAAACAGUCUGCGCGGUGGCACUCAGUGUGAUCUUUGAUGUGCUCGGUGUCGCAGUGCAGGCCUUUUUUCUUUCUUGAGGUCUAAACAUAUUUCCAGCCUCAUGAUUCGCCGAGCUGCCUUUGUUGAUUGUGGCGAUUGGUUCAUCCCAAGUGCUCUGCGGGAAAGAAGCCACACUGGAUUUCUCGGAGUGGACGUAACAGUUUUCAGGUUAUUGGUGAUAAACUGCUGGUGAGAUUUCUGUUCGUGGAACGUUUUUGUAGGCGUAUUGAUCGCUGGCAUUGUGAGGCCAGGCACAACUCACUUGGUUUUUGUUAGAUGCGCUUUCUUUGUUUUUUUGUAGCCUUGUGAGCUUUUGAUUUGUGUAAUGUCUGUGGUACACGGGAGACCAGGCAAACUACAUGGGAGCAUACGACCAAGUCGUAGGUUUUCUGUUUCCGGGCGUCGUAACAAUUCCCCCGAUGUUUGACCGCUCCCAUCCCGCUGAAAAAGGACGGUCUAGAGCAUUUUGUGGGGUGACACUUUUGUCUCUAGUUUUUUCAACCAUUUGGGGGAGAUUUUCUUAAAUUAUCUGUUGUUCUUGUGUCCUGAUCACAAAGAGUUAAUUAAUGGACACACCCCAUAAAUAAUAUGUUUUGUCUUUAUAUGGUGUCCCAAGCAUUUCUUAUGACUGCGAAACAACCAAAGAAUUUGGUGGCUGGGCGUUGCGGGACACAAAUAUCUAUAAACAUUAAUGUUAGUGGUUGGUUUUGCCUGGUGACAUUUCAAAAUGCCACUCCGUUACUAAUGAAGUUAAAAUAAAUUUUCUCCGUGGUAGUUAUCGUUUAAAAAUGGACAUUAAAAUGCAAAAUGGCCGUGCUUCCAAUUUUUGUUGGCCACAUGGGACUUCUGUAAAUCGUUUCAAGAAAUUUCUGCUCGCUUUGCCUAAGACAAAUUUUUAGGAAUGAUUUCAAAAUUUGCAUGUGAGAAGUGUUUGGAACACUAUAUACUAGUGGUAUUCAUGAUUGUAUGAUAUGCGAAACUUCUAUUAUAAUUAGCGAUGUGCUCUUAUAAUUUUAUGCUCUUUUAUGCCCAUCUCUGUGCAAAACACAUAUUUUAUGAAUAUCCAUGUUUUAUGUGCACAUAUUGUAAUGCCUGUCGUAGGAUGGCCAGCCUAUUUCACACACACACCUUUUUCUUGUAAUGUGGUGUUUGGUAUAGUUUGACAAAAUUUAAUAGAACUCAUUUUAAUGUCUUACUCAGGUUCUACGACCAUUUCCUAAUUCCACUUUCCAGGUUUUUAAGGACAUUGGAACCUUUUCUCGCUUAAUACUGUUCGGUGGUUUCAGGCCACAUCAUUGUAGAAAUUGCUUUGCUUUCUUCCUCUGAUUGCUUGCUUCUUAUAUUGUUUCCACUUUAUAGGGAAUAUCUUCUUUUUAUUUGUUAGAUAAGGCGAUUUGGUACGUGGCUUGUACGGGACAUCAUCACUCCAUGCUGGUGGUUAUUGUUCUGGCCGAGGAGAGUACAUAUGGUAUGUUCAAGCUUCAUAAAAUUAUUAUUAUUUGUUUUUAGCAAGAAUUAUUUGAUUGUGAAGUGGAAGAGAUGACAAUAAAUAUAUAUUUUUUUAUUUCUAU